AUGAUGCCGUUUCCGGUGACAACCCCGGGAUCACAACAGACGGCGCCGCCGCAGAAGCACUAUGGCAUCUCCUCCCCUAUCAGUCUAGCAGACCCCAAGGAGACUGACUGCAUACUUACCCAGAAAUUAAUUGAAACCCUGAAGCCCUUUGGGGUUUUUGAAGAGGAAGAGGAACUGCAGCGCAGGAUUUUAAUUUUGGAAAAAUUAAAUAAUCUAGUAAAGGAAUGGAUACGAGAAAUCAGUGAAAGCAAGAGUCUUCCACAAGCUGUAAUUGAAAAUGUUGGAGGAAAAAUUUUUACAUUUGGCUCUUACAGAUUGGGAGUACAUACAAAAGGUGCUGAUAUUGACGCGUUGUGUGUUGCACCAAGACACAUUGAUCGAAGUGACUUUUUCACCUCCUUCUAUGAUAAAUUGAAACUACAGGAAGAAGUAAAAGAUUUAAGGGCUGUGGAGGAGGCAUUUGUACCAGUUAUCAAACUGUGUUUUGAUGGAAUAGAGAUUGAUAUUUUGUUUGCAAGAUUAGCACUGCAGACUAUUCCGGAAGAUUUGGACCUAAGAGAUGACAGUCUGCUUAAAAAUUUAGAUAUUAGAUGUAUAAGAAGCCUUAAUGGUUGCCGGGUAACCGAUGAAAUUUUACAUCUAGUACCAAACAUUGACAACUUCAGGUUAACUCUGAGAGCCAUCAAAUUGUGGGCCAAAUGCCACAAUAUCUAUUCCAAUAUAUUAGGUUUUCUUGGAGGUGUUUCCUGGGCUAUGCUAGUAGCAAGAACUUGUCAGCUUUAUCCAAAUGCGAUAGCAUCAACUCUUGUACAUAAAUUUUUCUUAGUAUUUUCUGAAUGGGAAUGGCCAAAUCCAGUGUUAUUGAAAGAGCCUGAGGAACAGAAUGUUAAUUUGCCUGUAUGGGACCCAAGAGUAAAUCCCAGUGAUAGGUACCAUCUUAUGCCUAUAAUUACACCAGCAUACCCACAGCAGAACUCCACAUACAAUGUGUCUGUUUCAACCAGGAUGGUCAUGAUUGAGGAGUUUAAACAAGGGCUUGCCAUCACACAUGAAAUUUUGCUGAGUAAAGCAGAGUGGUCCAAACUUUUUGAAGCACCAAGCUUCUUUCAAAAGUACAACCAUUAUAUUGUACUUCUGGCAAGUGCACCAACAGAAAAACAACAUCUAGAAUGGGUGGGUUUGGUGGAAUCAAAGAUCCGAAUCCUGGUUGGAAGCUUGGAGAAGAAUGAAUUUAUUACACUGGCACGUGUGAAUCCCCAGUCAUUUCCAGCACCCAAAGAAAAUCUCGACAAAGAAGAAUUUCGUACAAUGUGGGUGAUUGGGUUGGUGUUAAAAAAGCCAGAAAACUCUGAAAUUCUCAGUAUUGAUCUCACCUAUGAUAUUCAGUCUUUCACAGAUACGGUGUAUAGGCAAGCAAUAAAUAGUAAGUUGUUUGAAAUGGAUAUGAAAAUUGCUGCAAUGCACUUAAGAAGAAAGGAACUUCAUCAACUACUACCUAAUCAUGUGCUUCAGAAAAAGAAAACACAGUCAACAGAAGGUAUAAUGUCAACAGCUUUGAAUGACAACAGCUUCAGCUUGUGUGUAGGCAGUGAAAAUAUGUCUGUGCCUUCACCUACUAUUGCUAUGAAGACUGGCCCAUUGACUGGUAGCUCUCAGGGCAGAAAUAGUCCUGCCUUGGCUGUAAUGGGAGCAUCUGUGACCAACAUACAGGCUACUGAAGUUUCCUUGCAACAGACGAAUCCCAGUGAAAGCUCAGGGGUUGCAUCAAGUGAAAGUAUUCUUCAGACUGCCUCACAACCUGCUGUUUCUCCACCACCGAAGCCCACUGUCACCAGAGCUGUUUCUUCAGCAUGUCUGGUGAACACCCACCCAGACCUUCAGGAAGCACAGCAACAAACAUAUCCAAUCCUAUAG